AUGCCGGCCCUUCAACCCUUGUGCUGACCAGCUUGUUCACUUCAUUAUCGUUACCUCUUCUCUUUUUCCUUCCGGAACUGUCUAUCAUUCUCAUCAUCACUUCAACGCCUCGAUCGCCACCCGACGUGCCUCCUCGCCCGCCGGUCGUUCCCGAACAACCGCCCUCGUAGAUGCAAGGAAGAGGGUCUUACCGAGGAGGAGGCUACUCGCCGCCGCGAAAUUUUCGGGCCCAACAAGCUUGAGCAUAAGGAAACUUCUGCUUUCCUGCAGUUCCUCUCGUAAGUCAGCACUAUUCUCUCGUGCGUUAGCCGGGUCGGACACUCCGCUCCGGGAAUUGGCCCACGUAGCGUCGAAAAUCAGCGCACGCAUCCUCCCGCGCUCCUCUCCGCCCUUUGUCGUCGCCGCGCCGAGCCCAGUCAGACGCUGACCCUUGCCCCUUCUGCAUCUCUCGCAGCUUCAUGUGGAAUCCCCUCUCGUGGGUCAUGGAAGGCGCGGCCUUGGUUGCCAUCGCCCUCUCCAACGGAGGAGGCAAGGCGCCAGAUUGGCAAGAUUUCGUCGGUAUCAUCCUUCUGCUCUUCAUCAACUCUGGUAUUGGUUACUACGAAGAACGAUCUGCUGGUAAUGCUGUCAAGGCCCUCAUGGAAUCGCUUGCCCCCAAGGCCAAGUGCCGCCGCAGCGGCGUCUGGAACGAAAUCGACUCGGCCGACCUCGUCCCUGGUGAUGUGAUCGCGUUCAAGAUCGGUGACAUUGUCCCCGCCGAUUGCCGUCUCUACGAUGCCAUCACCGUCUCGAUCGAUCAAGCCGGUCUCACCGGCGAAUCGUUGCCCCAGGGCAAGAAGGUCGGGGACCAGUGCUUCUCGUCGUCCAUCUGCAAGCAAGGUGAAGCCGAGGGUGUCGUUAUUGCUACCGGUGCCAAUACCUUCUUCGGUCGCGCUGCCUCGCUCGUCGGUGCCGAUGACGACUCGACUGGUCACUUGCAGAAGAUUCUCGCCCAGAUCGGUCUCUUCUGUUUGUGCUCGAUCGGUCUCUUCAUCGUCCUCGAAAUCGUCAUACUGUACCCCGCGUUCCACUACUCGUACCGCCGUGGCCUCGACUGCAUCCUCGUCCUCUUGAUCGGUGGUAUCCCCAUCGCCAUGCCCACCGUCUUGUCCGUCACGCUCGCCGUCGGUGCUCAGCAGCUUGCUAAGUACAAAGCUAUCGUCACCCGUAUCACCGCCAUCGAAGAACUCGCCGGUGUCACGAUCUUGUGCUCCGACAAGACCGGUACGCUCACGACCAACAAGCUCACGAUCGAUUUGACGACCCUCAAGACCUACUCCGAGAUGGAUGCCCAGACUGUCAUCCUCCACGCUGCGUACGCCUCGCGAACGGAAAACAUGGACGCCAUCGACACCUGCGUUACUGGUGCCAUUGGUGGCGACAUCUCGCUCGCGCGCAAGGGUAUCAAGUUGGUCGACUUCAAAGCCUUCAACCCCACUGACAAGCGUACCGAAAUCACCUACAUCGAAGAGUCUACCGGCAAGAUGAAGCGUGUCACCAAGGGUAUGACCGGUAUCAUCAUCGAAUUGUGCUCGCGCAACAAGAGCCCUGAGGUCGAGGACCAGCUCGAGAAGGAUGUCGAGGAAUUCGCGGCACGUGGUCUCCGUGCCCUCGCCGUCGCAUUCGAGAACGUUCCCUCCGGUAACCACGAGGACAAGGGUGACGGCUUUGAACUCAUCGGUCUCCUCGCCAUCUUUGACCCCCCUCGUGAAGACACCAAGCAAACGAUUGACGAUGCCCAAGCCCUCGGUGUCCGCGUCAAGAUGGUUACCGGUGAUCAGCUCGCCAUCGCCAAGGAGACAGGUCGCCGUCUCGGCCUCGGUGACCACAUGUACCCCGCCAAGGUCCUGCAAACCGGUGGCUUCCCCGAAGGUGGCAAGCACGCUUCGCUCGACGAGAUGAUCCUGGAUGCCGAUGGAUUCGCCGGUGUCUUCCCCGAACACAAGUACGAGAUCGUCAAGCGCCUCCAGGCCCUCGGUCACUUAUGCGCCAUGACCGGUGACGGUGCCAACGAUGCCCCCGCCUUGUCCCGUGCCAACGUCGGUAUCGCCGUCGAAGGCGCCACCGAUGCCGCUCGCGGUGCUGCCGAUAUCGUCUUGACCGAACCCGGAUUGUCAACCAUCGUUCACGCCAUCCGUCAAUCGCGUGUCAUCUUCCAACGUAUGCGCAACUACUCGAUCUACGCCUGCGCCGUCACGAUCCGUAUCGUCGUCGGCUUCGCGAUCAUGGCCUUUGCCUUCCGCUUCGACUUCCCUCCCUUCAUGGUCCUUAUCAUUGCCUUGCUCAACGAUGGUACCAUCAUGACCCUCUCCGUCGAUCGCGUGUUGCCCUCGAGCACGCCCGACUCGUGGGACUUGGCCGAGAUCUUUGCUUACGCCAUCGCCUACGGUCUGUACCUCGCCGUCGGCACCAUCGCCUGCUACUUGGUCAUCAUGGAUACUUCGUUCUGCGCCGACAAGCUCGGUCUUGAACAACUUUCGGACCCCAACGACCCCAAGAUCCACAUGAUCAUCUACCUCCAGGUCGCCCAGAUCUCGCAGGCCCUGAUUUUCAUCACCCGAUCUCACGGAUGGUUCUUCCUCGAACGUCCUUCCCUUGCACUGUUUGGUGCCUUCUGUUUGGCACAACUCGUUUCGUCAAUCAUAGCUGCCUACGGCGAUUGGGGAUUCUCAAAUGUUUCAAGUGCGCAAAAUCUGAUGAACAGUCGACUGGGAGGCUCCUGACGCUGAUCUGCGUCCGUUUAUUUUGUCCGCACACCCACAGGCAUCUCUGGUGGCUACAUUGGCUUCGUUUGGAUCUGGAACAUCGUCUGGGUGAGUCUUUCGCGUCCUAUGGCCCCUCUCGCUCGCUCCUCUCGACGCUCGAUCGCUGAUUCGCCCUCAUGCUCGUUCCCUCCUCUGCCCCUCCCUCCUCUCGCGCAGUUCUUCCCCUUGGGUACGUCUUUCGGCUGCUCACGCUGUAAUCUAUUUGCUCUCGCUAACGUCUAGCCUGCGCUCAUCCACAGAUCUUGUCAAGUUCGGCAUGCGCGCCAUCAUUCGCCAAUACCAGGCGUCGCGCAAGGCCCGCACCGCCGUCCAGGACACAGGUGUACCCAUGACGCGCACCCAAUCGCGCACCGCUUCGCUCUACUCGAACCGAACCUCUUUCUUGCGCCGUGCUCAGGCUUCGGUCGGUCUGGGUGGCAAGAAGGUCUCGAUCUCGCAAAACGAGUUGUCGAGGUUCUCGUCGCGCCAAGCCGCCUCGGCCGGUGCCCAGCUCUCCCGUGCUGGCUCGCGCCCCGCAUAA